AUGGCGGCGGCCGCCGAGGACGAGCGGGAAACUGUCCCGGUUAGAUGUCCCAGCGGUUCCAGUCGCCUGCAAGGAAUUCAUGAUCGCAUCACCCUGGAUAUGGAUGUGGUCCUCUCGGAUUUUGUUCGCUCAACUGGGGCAGAGCCAGGAUUGGCAAGAGACUUGCUUGAAGGGAAAAACUGGGACUUGAAUGCUGCACUGAAUGACUUUGAGCAGCUGAGGCAGGUCCAUGCCGGGGUCUUGCCCCGUUCCUUCAACGAUGGUCGCACUUUUAAAUUUGUGGAGAAGGAGAUCGCCCGGAGCGUCCGGCCACAGCUGCAGCGCCAAGAUGAUAUAACUCAAGAGAAGCGCUUGUCCCGAGGCAUUUCCCACGCCAGCUCCACCAUCGUCUCGCUGGCUCGCUCCCACGUCUCCAGCAAUGGCGGCACCAGCAGUGGCAGCAGCGAGCAUCUGUUGGAGAUGCCCAUCUGCACCUUCCAGCUGCCUAACCUGAACGUUUACAACGAGGACUUCCGGAGCUUCAUCGAGCGGGAUCUCAUCGAGCAGUCCAUGCUGGUGGCCCUGGAGCAGGCCGGUCGUCUGAACUGGUGGGCCAACGUAGAUCCCAGCUGUCAGAGGCUGCUUCCCUUGGCAACAACGGGUGACGGAAAUUGCCUGCUUCAUGCUGCAUCACUAGGUAUGUGGGGUUUCCACGACAGGGAUCUGAUGCUGCGCAAAUGCCUUUAUGCCCUGAUGGACAGAGGGGUGGAGAGGGAGGCUCUGAAGCGACGCUGGAGGUGGCAGCAGACCCAGCAAAACAAAGAGUCUGGCCUCGUGUACACAGAGGACGAAUGGCAGAAGGAGUGGAAUGAGCUGAUCAAACUGGCUUCGAGUGAGCCACGGAUGCAUUACGGCACCAACAGCGGGAACGGUGGAGGGGUCGAAGGAUCUGAGGAGCCUGUGUAUGAGAGCCUGGAAGAGUUCCACGUUUUUGUCCUUUCCCAUGUAUUGAAGAGGCCCAUUGUGGUUGUGGCAGACACUAUGUUGCGAGAUUCUGGAGGAGAAGCGUUUGCUCCUAUCCCCUUUGGUGGCAUUUAUUUGCCUCUGGAAGUUCCUGCCAGCAAGUGCCAUCGUUCCCCACUGGUUCUGGCCUACGAUCAAGCCCAUUUCUCUGCCCUGGUGUCCAUGGAGCAAAAGGAGCCCAUCAAGGAACAAGCUGUGGUCCCUCUGACAGACUCUGAACACAAACUGCUUCCGGUACACUUCGCAGUGGAUCCUGGGAAAGAUUGGGAGUGGGAUAAAGAUGACAAUGAUAACGUCAAAUUGGCAAGUGUGACACUUUCACUGGAAGCCAAGUUGAAUUUGCUGCACAGCUACAUGAAUGUAAAGUGGAUCCCCUUGUCUUGUGACACGCAGGCGCCCCUUGCACAGCCAGAGUCUCCGACGGCUUCUGCGGGUGACGAGGUCCGAUCCGCUGCAGAUUCGGGGGAUUCAGAUAAGGAAUCGGUUUGCAGCAGCUCAGCCAGCAACAGUGGCGGCAGCAAGGCCAGCAGUAAGGAGAAGGAGAAAGAAAAAGCGAAGAAAGAGCGGGAAAAGGAGAAGGAGAAGAAACGGGCUGACUCCGUAGCCAAUAAACUUGGAAGUUUUGGCAAAACCCUAGGGAGCAAGCUAAAAAAAAACAUGGGCGGGCUGAUGCACAGCCGAACAGUCAAAGGUGGGGUGAGCAACGGACAAGGGGAGACCGUGGAGAAGAAAAAGAAAGGCUCCAUAAAAAUAAGGAAGGGCAGUAAGGAAGAGGCACCUUCCGGAGAUGUUUCAGCUGUUCCGGAGAAGUCGGGCCUAGCCAAGACAGCUGCAGAACAGCAGCCCGAUAACUGCAGAUACAGCAACGACGUCCGGUUGAGUUUGAGCAUCCUCCGAGCUGCUAUGCAAGGAGGAGAGCGCAAGUUCAUCUUUGCCGGUCAGCUGAAGACCAGUCACCGGCACCAGUACCAAGAGGAGAUGAUCCAGCGGUAUCUCCAGGAUGCCGAGGAGCGUUACUCUGCAGAGCAGAAACAAAAGGAAGCCGAGAAGAGGAUGGUGGCCCUGGGCAACGGGGGAGCCGCCAAAAAGAUGGACUUAGAAGGCAAUCCUCUCAAAGGAGAAGAGACUCUGCUCAACUCCGUGGACCACCCAGUCCUGCCGCCAUAUAGACUCCAGAGCUCAGAUCUGGCCACAGUGGGUUCUAAAAUAUCCAGUUUUUCCACUGGCCACUCGGGGGUCUUCACCAUUCCCCGGCCUUCUAUGAUGAGCGACGUGGAAAGCACCUAUCCCCCCCCUACUUACCCAGAUGGCCGAAGGCAAGUUGCUGGAGGCCUCUGUGCGCCUUUUCCCUCUUACGCUACGCUGCCCAGGCAGUGUGCCCAGAGCCGGUCCCACCUGUCCCAGCCCGUGGGGCCCUUCUGUACCACAGAGAUGGACAUGCCGCCUAGUUACGUGGAGGUGGACUGUGAGGGCUCUUCUCGCCCAGUUCUGUCCAGCAAUGGCUAUCAAGAAUGCGCAGAGCCAGACGGCAGCUCUCCGAAAGUUGUGCAGGGCGAUCGAAGCAAAACGUGGCUGCUGUACAGUGUACAGCAGACCAAAUGCAAACAGCCCAACUGCAGUUUUUAUGGACAUCCAGAGACUGGGAAUUUCUGUUCGUGCUGUUACAAAGAAGAGCUGAAACGCAAAGAACAGGAGAAAGAGACACUGAUACAUCGGUUCUGAAGAAACAAAGAUGUGCGUGUUUCAUAUCUGGACCCAUGGGAUAUGGGGAAUGCAAUAAUUUUCUCUGCCCCUGCCCCCCUCUCCAGUUGGGGUUGGUAAGCUGCUUGUGGGAUGGGGGAACCAGAGCCCUUAGAAGGGUGGAAGACCAAGGGCUGCUAAAGCAACGUGUUGGGGGCGGCUCCCUGGAAGGUGGGGUAGAAUUCAGGGAGGUUGCGUUUUUGUGCAGGACUUGUAGUUGCUGAAUCAAGCAAAUCCUCUAGACCAAAGCUUUGAAUUCCAAGAUUAGAGAAAAACAGUGACAGAGGCCUCUUAUUUGAUCAUCCUCCAGCAUAUUU